ACGUGAUGUUUUUCGGAAUAAUACGUUAUAUUGACAGAUCGAAUGUAGCAAUAACUGACUAAUUUUAACACAUGGAUUCAAGAUGCGUUUCGUUAGAUUUAGAAAAAUCAAGUGAAGAAUUACUAGCAAUUAUUAUCGAAGAAAAUGAUGAAGAAAUAAAGGCAAAACCCGCAUGGAAAUGCGACGUAAAAGAAGAAAGUACCAGCCAUGCAUACGAUAUUCCAUCUACAGAAUCAUCUGUUAGGUUAAAACCUAUAUCAGAUUUACUAAAAACGCUCAGUUUAUCGGAUUCCCUUGUGGAUUUAAAUAAACAGAUAAUAAAAGACAAAGAAAAGGUCAUCAAUGAAUAUGGCAAAGAUUUUUCCAAGCAAGACCAGCAAAUUUCGGAAAAAGUAUUUAAUAAUUCGUUUUUGAAUAAUUGUUUGUAUCAACCAUAUCCGCCGCUUCCUUACAGCGAUUUUGAAGACAAGCAAAUGCAUGUAGGCCCAAUAUACGUUUAUCCGGUUCAAACAGCCUUCGAAGUUGAAGAAGAUAGAUACGAAGGGCAGUUCAACAAUAGAAAAAUUAGAAAUCAGUUCAUAUCCAAGGUGUUUUCGAUACUCUUCACGCAGCUGCUUAUAACUUUCUUAUUUAUUUAUCUUACUAUUACCGUGCAGGAGAUAAAGCAGUUUGUCCAAAAGGAGUUUCUGUUAAGUGUUGUUUUUAUUAUGAUUGAGAUUGUGAUAUAUAUUACGCUUAUAUGCAGCGAAACUUGUAGAAGAACAACUCCAUUGAACUAUAUAUUAUUAGGUAUUUUUACCGUAGCUACUUCAUACGUAGCUGCAUUUAUAAGUGUUCAUUACGAUACCGACACUGUAUUGUUGGCAUUUGGAAGCACUGCAGGAAUAACUGCUGUAGUUGGAUUAGUUGCAUGGACCAAUUGCGUUGAUAUCACUUCAUGUGGAUUUGUCUUAUACAUGAUCUUAAUAUCAACUAUGAUUUUCAGUAUAUUCGUCACGGUUCACAUAAUGAUGACUGGAAGUUAUACUCUAUACUAUAUUUUAUUAUAUUUAAUGCUAGUGGUGGUUAUUGUUUCGCUACUCUUUAAUAUGGAAUUGAUAAUUGGGAAGGGGCAGCUUGCGCUAGCGCCAGAGGAGUAUAUUUUUGCUGCUCUUACUUUAUAUGUUACUAUAAAAGAUAUAUUUAUAAUUUUAUUACAAAUAUUAUCGAGGAAAUAA